AUGUCAAAUUCUCUCGUCUUUAUCACUGGUGGGACCGGCUUCAUUGGCGCACAUACCGUUCGAGCCUUACUUGAAGCUGGAUACCGUGUGCGUCUGAGUAUUCGAAGGCCUGAACAAGAUGCGAUUGUCAAGAAGCGGUAUCCGGAAUUCGCAUCAGCUCUCGAGACUAUAUUGAUAAAAGAUUUUUCCGAUCCAGAGUCGUUCAAAGAAGCUCUAGCGGGAGCCGAACAUGUCAUCCAUCUCGCAACACCUAUGCCCGAUCGUUCCGGCACAGACUUUCGCAAGGAUUUUGCCGAACCAGCGGUCAACGCAACUCUCGCAAUCCUCAAAGCUGUAUUGGAUUUUCCGCAGAUCAAGAAGGUGAUUGUCAUGUCCUCGAGUGUCGCUCUGCUUCCUAUAUCCGUCUUAGCGAGGCCUGACUUGGAGUAUGAGGUGAAGGACAAUACUGGCGAGGUCAUCCCUGUCGACCUUGAUGCCGAGUUUCCUCCAGGCCUUAUGGGACAGGCCAUGAAAUACUCUGCGUCUAAAAUUGUCGCGCAUCAAGCAACGCGUGAUUUCGUCAAGGAAAGGAAGCCUGACUAUACGCUUAUCACUUUUCAUCCAACUUACGUUAUGGGCCAUGACAUCGCCCAGGAAACAGCAGAAGGCUUGGGCGGGAUUAAUUCUCUCUUAUGGAAGUCACUUGCCUCAGAGAAGCCGCUGCUAGGCACGUCUUGGAUCCAUGUCCAGGACGUUGCGGAUGCGCACGUCAAAGCCUUACAUGCGAACGUCGAACAUGGGAAGGAGUUUCUUCUUUCGGUGCCUCCAUUUGAAGGGAAAUGGAAAGUUGACGUGACUGGUGCCGAAACUGUUCUCGGUCUUAAAUGGAGACCCAAAGAGUUGAUUCUUGACGAGGUGAUUGGGCAACAGCUUGCUCUUGGAAAUAAGUUGCCCUAG